AUGAAAUAUUUGCAGCCUAAAGGUACAGAACCAUAUGGAUUUGAUCGUGGACUGGCGCCAGACUUCAUCAGUAUGGUAACGAAGAAGGAUGAUGAAUUAUACUUCUUGAUCAAAUGGAAAGGAAGUCAAGUGCGUGACGUUGUACCAGCUGCCCAAGCGAAUAUCCGGUGUCCACAAACUGUUAUUAGAUUCUACGAGAGUAUUUUACACUUUACCUGA